AUGACAACUAAAGUCUACACAGUCAACAUCUGCAACAAAACAAGCUUCACCCUGUAUAGAAAUGGACACAAACUCAGGCACGGAACAUGGAUAACAUGGCUUCCAGAGAAAAUCGUUCCCUCUUCAAGUGUAUCAAUUUCCUUCUCAAAUAGCAGAUCAGGCCACUCUUGCAGGUCAUAUUUACAAUACGGAGUUGUUUUGGAAUCCACGUUGCAAGUACUCGAUAUUAAAUUUGUAAAAUCAUCCGAAAACGAUGACUUCUCUUGUACAUUUAAACUACUAGCAAACCAAAAUGAAGUUUUAAACGAUAAUUUUAAAAAAUCAAGCGAUUCACCCCUAAAUUUAUGUAAAAUACAAACCCAGGUCAUAGACCCGAAUAAAUCUAGCUUUAUAGAGAGCUCUGAAACAAUAUACAUUGUAAAUAUAGAGGAGACUACUGAUGGAUCCACGUAUAUAGGUUUCCUGAGAAACAAACACAACUCUCUUGUUUCAAAAAUAAAACAAGAUUAUGAAGAUUGGAACGAGACUUUUUUUACUGGACCUUAUCUAGUAAAUUUAUACCGACGUCUUUCUCUGGACUUCUGUUGGGAUUUCAGCAGCUCAGAUUGGCGUACUCAGCUAAGAAAAUCUAACCUUUCAGUUUAUAUAAGGAUAGUAAAUCUGACUAGUAAGGAGAUGAAGCUGGGUUCCAACGCCCUUGAGAUGUUCAAAAAUUGCGUAUUAGAUGAAGGAGUGUGGGUGGAAUACCCUAAUGAAGAUAUACCCUCACUAUCUGGAACGGAGUUUGGAUGUAAGAGUAACGGGUUUCUAGGUGGAACAUCAGGAAGAUGCGUAUAUUCUAUACUUGGUGAGUCGGGCUGCUUUACUUUCUCCUGGGAUAGGCCAUCAAUAGGAGCCUUUGUAGCAAAUUGUAAACAUUCUUUAAAUAAAUAUUCAGUAAUGGUUCACACUGAAUCUUCAAACCACUCGUCUGUAAUAUUCCACAUAAUUGACAUGUUCACAAUACCUCUCAAAAUAUUAACAGCAAAGGCUGUGUCCCCGAAGUUUACAACUAGAUACCAAGAUAAUAAAUUAUCACCAAAAUACAUUAAAAGUUUAAGUACUGAUGAUGAUAGUAACUCAAGCUUCGAUAACACUUUAGAUGAACUGGUAAUAACACCGUUUCUGGUCAAACAUCAAUUUUCAAAUUACACCAAUGACUCUGAUGAUACAGACGUUAAGGAUAAGGAUUUCACAGAGCUAUUAAUAAAGAGCCCAAAACACUUUUUUAGCAGUGUUAAUUCAAAAAACAUUAACUCUCCAAUUAACAAAGUUAGCUCUGAUUCAAGUAUAUAUAUUGAGUGGAUGAUAGGGAAUGAAAUCUUUUGUAAACUGUUCAAGUUUGAUGAGAAAAUACACCUAAAUUCCUCAGUAAUAUCUGCUAUUCCAGAUAAUAAACACCUGGUUUUCAAUUCCUUUCUUUUGAGACUUGAUUUGUCUCAAAUAUUCCCAAAACAAAAUCACAUAGAUAAGUCCAACAACUAUGUAUAUGAUACCACUAAUGUUCCAAACAGACCAUAUCUAAAAACCUUGAAACAGAAUGAAUUCCUCGACUAUGUUGUAAUGAUCUUUCACUGUGUUUGUGACGCAUUUCAACCCUAUAUCAACAAGUGUAUGACCAAGAAAUUCGGACCAAACUGGCUUAAGAUUUGCAAACUGCCUACUUGUCAUGUCUGGAAGAAUCACGACGUGUUCAGGAUAGAUUUGGAAGGGAUUAUUUACAUCGUCACAGCCUACUGGAUGGAUAUCUUCGAACAGGUUCUUACUGAAACUACACACCUUAACACAAUACAGGUACUUAUUUAA